AUGCACAACCGCGAACGGCGGCGCGGCAAGGCGGCGCCCAAGCGCGGCCGCUUCAUCACGCAGGAGGUCGAGCGGCGCGAAGUGGCGCGCCGGAAUGUGGCCGAGCCGUGGCGCGACAUGAAGGGCUUUGACCGCGGCGACAUUCUCGAGGUGGAGCACCGGCCGGCCGACGUGGGGUCGGACGGCCCGACCGAGCGCGUGGUUGGAGUCUGCAUCGCCAAGCACCACCGCGCGCUUGGCUCGUCGUUCCGGCUGCUGUGCAAGCCGGACGACCUGCCCGUCGAGUACCAGUUCGCCGCCUACUCGCCGCUCCUCGUCUCGGUCGACGUGCGCUCGCGCCCCCGAAAGCGGCCGCGGCUGUCAAAGCUCUACUACCUCCGCCAGCGCGCCUCCGAGCUCAAGCAAGCGACGCUGACGGUAGACAUUCGGGAUUCGGCGCCGGUGGCGAUCGAGUUGGCUCUCGCGGCGUCUGCGGCUCUGAGCGUGUCAGCAGAGAGGCGCGGCCGCACUUUGGCACUGUUGCCCUUUUACCCGAACCGCUUGAUUCACUUUUUCGCUUUUGCUGGAUAA